AUGGGCUUGUUCACAUCGACCAAGAUCCUCGGCUUUGCUUUAGUGCUCCUGUGUAUGUCGGUGCCGGCGGAUUCGUCAGAUGUGAAUUGCGAGAACGUUUACAAGGACUUUUCCGACUGUGUCCUGGAACUGGGGGAGAGCAUGGACAACUAUCAGGAAAACGUGACCAGCGAGAGGGGAGUGGCUGCCGUGUGCAGCCAUUGGGAAGCUUUCCACACGUGCGCCCUGACGGCGUUGUCCGACUGCCAGCAGGAGGUCAGCUCCAUUUGGGAGACUCUGAGACAGGACUCCAGAAAGAUGCGCUUCCAGGGAAGCUUGUUUGACCUGUGUAGCCCCAGUUCAUCUCCAAGCACGAGCUCGCCUGUCGCCGCGCUGACCUUGCCUCUCGCGGCCGCGUUGCUCACCGCCGGGGCCGGGCCCGGAUGGCCCUUCAUGUAA